AUGGCGAGGAGGAGCAAGGAGAUCUGCGACUACCUCGAGAAGAACGCCGAGGAAGAGGAGCGAGACGACGCCUACGACAGGUUCGACGAGGGCGACUUCACGCCGGAGCAGUGCUGCGACAGCAUGAUCGGAGGCACCCCCAUACCUCCCAUGUGCCCGAUCACCGACGACCAUGCGAGCGAUCCCUGUCGUGGACCCCUCUGUGCCCACUUUCGUGCCUUUAGUCGCUCGGCCUACGUCGAGAAGGUCACAGAGGGUCUGCGCGACUACGAGUCCAAGACCAACGGACUCCUCAAGCCGGUACGAACCAUUUGA